AUGAUGAAUGAGGAGGAGGUGGCUAAGAGAAUCCUUCUGUCUAUAUUCAGUUUUCUCUCUUCUCCCAGGCUGGUGGUUGUGAUUGGUGGACUGCUGCUGCUAUGCGGCUUGGUUUCUGUCUGCAUGAGAUGUUGUUUUACUCACUGCCGUCAGGCUGGGGAGGAAUCAGGUCCUCAACCCUAUGAGGUCACCGUCAUUGCUUUUGAUCAUGACAACACUCUCCAGAGCACCAUUACCUCUCUCCAUUCGGUGUUUGGGCCAGCUGCCAGGAGGAUACUAGCAGUGGCACACUCCCACAACACUGUGCAGGGCACGCCACCCCUCACAGCAUCAGACACCCCUCCUGUCUACGAGGAAGCUCUGCACACAAGCAGGUUCACAGUUGCCAAGGCGGGGCAAAAAGUGCUACACCUGGAUCCAGCAACCAAAGAAAAACUGCAGACAUCUGCCGAGGACAAGGAUGUCCAGCCAGUCUUUGCAGGACACUAGUGCUUACGUUUGCUGAAUGGCAGUAAAAUACAGAAUAGUAACAUUCAGAGACUAGUUCUUGUGGUCAGGGUUAGGAAUAUCAGAUUAACCUUCUUAGUCUAAGGAGAAAGGCAAAAAAGAGACUAAAAUUCCAGAUAGUUGUAGAUCAAGUAUAUUUGGAUAGCUCUGUUUUACACCUUGAAAUAAUUGACCACUGGCAAUCCCUGGAUACUUUUAUUACACACACACAUCACUAUAUUCACAGAUUGCACAUACAAGCAGGCAGCAGGAUCACAGUGCUGAGCCUUGCAGGCUGGUGCUGGGUACCUAGAGGGAGAUGCUACCUCAUUCUGAUUGCCUCCAGCCUAAAUUUCCUGGGGAUGGCAGAGGUUUUCAGAGCAGGAAAAGCAAUAUAAAAAGGUCUUACAACCAAUAAUAAAAUCAAACUCCAGGAAAGCGCCAACCAUUCACAAUAAAUGAAAAAAAAAAAAAAAAGAGGCUAUAUGUACACAGUCUGCAUGUAAGCAAAAGAUAGCAUACACUGGUAGUAUUUACAGCUCCCUAAAUGCUCUACAGGAUACGUAGAGGGAGUACACUCCCGUUUUGAAUGGGAUAUACAGCAACUCUGAAAUAGCAGUUAUAAGCUCUGGUAUUUGAAUUAAAACUAUGAUGUGUGCAAUAACAAAUCCAACAAUAGGAGAAGAAGGAACUCUAUUGCUAAGUUUAAUUAUGUUUUAGUUGCCUUCAUAUUGUAUCACUUAUUAAUUAUUCCUACCACUGCUGUCAAAAUCAAAUCAGACUUAGUAAGAUGAUUUAAAGCAUGUAAGCCAUUUCUCAGAUAUAAAUAAUUUGUGAGUAUUUCCUGAUCCAUACAGAUAUAAUUAAUCAUGAAUAAAUAUUCAUCAAACUGCUUGGAUGAGCACUGCUAUCUGUUUACUUCGAUUAGAUACUCAUGACAAAGUGACUGUUUAAUUGCAUUGGUGUUGCCUGUACCCCAGGUUCUGCAACUGAAAACAUUAAAGGAGAAUAACAUCAAAUAUCAAAUAAUAAGCAGUCAUUAUUUAAUUAAUUACUUUAGUUAAUAACUUUCAUAUGUUGAUGUUGAUAUGAAUGCACAGGUCACAGACUGAACAUCCAUCUGAAGUGACUGCACAGCUCUUCCUACAAUAGUACCCAAAACCCCACAGAUUUUAACAUGUUGAUGUUCACAACACUCCUUGUGAAAUACAGAAGAACAUAGCCAUUUUGUAGAUAAGGAGAGGAAGGACCAGGUUGCCAUACAUGUUUAGGAACGUAACUGCUGUUGAGAUUACAGUCAUCAAGGGAUCUAGAAAGGAAUAUUGGUAAGAUAUCUUCAAGGAGAGCAUAAAGCAGAACUGAACAACUAAAAGAUCUUUGAUCAUGUCCCAGACCUUGGCUGGUCACAGAAAUUUUGUAUCCAAGAAGAGAAUUUAAUGAGGGUCUCAGUUCCCUAGAUCACAUUUUUUUCCUGAAUUGCCUAGUCAUUUGCUAAUUGCAUCAUUAAUGGAUGAUAAACUUGAAUAAAAUAAAUAAGUGACAUAUAAGGUUAUGUCUCUUCUGCUACACAGUACUUGAAAUAAUAACCGUUUGUGAAACAUCCAGUUGUGUGACCUAUUUCAUCAGCUGAUCUCUGAAGUCGAGUUCAAGCCUGACAUCUCCAUCAUGCUGCAGAACAUUUCCUGGAAGGCUCUUGUUUACUUCACAUUAAAAGCCUGAAACAAGCAGAGACAUUUGCCGAAAAUACGUCUAGCCCUAUGGAGACCAGAAACUUCUUGGAAGCCCUCACAAACGUUUCCGUUCGGAACAUACCGUUCCUGCACAGUCUCCACCCCUUUUUUACUGCGGAUGAACAAAGCCGGUCGAGUCCUGAGCUGUGCGUGCAUUUAACAUGAGGUGGCAGCCGUGCUCCACAGGGGAGCAAUCUUGCUGCUGAAAUUCUUC